AUGCAAUCGUCCAGCUUGAUUUUCUGCCUGAAACAAUUUUAUGACGGCCUGUUGCAACCCAGAGAACAUGCAUGUCUAAAGGGCAUCUUUAAGGAUAUAAGACAGACUUAUGCCCGAUUUCUUCACAUCCAGUUAUGUUACGGGCGCACUGUAGCUGUCCACGCCGAACGUGUGCCCAGCGCCAAAGCCCCGUUAUGCAGAAGGUACAAGGCGAACCACUGUUGGAUAAGCCAAGCGAGACAUAUACGUUCGACCGCGGCGCUAUGGGAGAUCAGGGAGGUCGUGGUGCCGCCGUUCGCCGAGAGCGUGAGCGAGGGCGACGUGAGGUGGGAGAAGAAGCACGGCGACCAGGUGAAGGAGGACGACGUGCUCUGCGAGAUCGAGACAGACAAGACUUCGGUUCCCGUACCGUCGCCCGGGUCCGGCGUCGUAAAGGAGCUCUUCGUUAAGGACGGCGACACGGUGAAGCCGGGACAGAAGCUGUGCAGCAUCGACAUCGGCGCGACCGGCGGCGCCGCGCCCGCGGCGAAGGAGUCGCGGCCCGCCGCGGCUGCUCCGGCGCCGGCGAAACCUGCUGCCGCGGCACCGCCAACGCCUCCGCCCGCUCGACCGGCACCUUCGCAGGCGCCUGGCGCGUCAAUGCCGGUCGCGGCUAUCAAACACGCUCAGUCGCUGGAAGGCGCGAAGGUUCAGCUACCUCCUACCGAUUACGCACGCGAGAUAAUCGGCACCAGGACAGAACAGCGAGUGAAGAUGAAUAGGAUGCGACUGCGUAUCGCGGAACGUUUGAAGGAUUCGCAGAACACGAACGUUAUACUGACUACGAAUAAUGAAAUUGAUAUGAGUCGCAUUAUGGAAUUCCGAAAGACGCACCAGGACUCAUUCAGGAAAAAGUACGGUAUCAAACUUGGGUUCAUGAGCCCGUUCGUCGCGGCCAGUGUCUACGCUCUGAAAGACCAGCCCGUGGUGAACGCCGUGAUAGACGGCACCGACAUCGUAUACAGAGAUUACGUAGACAUUAGCGUGGCGGUCGCGACGCCGAAGGGGCUCGUCGUGCCGGUUCUUCGCAGCGUGGAGAACAAGAACUUGGCCGAGAUCGAGAUCGCGCUGGCCGCCAUGUUCGAGAAGGCCAGGAAAGGGAAGAUCACCGUCGAGGAUAUGGACGGCGGUAACUUCACGAUAAGCAACGGCGGCGUUUUCGGCUCGUUGCAGGGCACCCCCAUCAUCAAUCCGCCGCAGAGUGCGAUUCUCGGCAUGCACGCCGUCAUCGACAGACCGAUCGCCGUUAAGGGAGAGGUUGUUAUUCGGCCAAUGAUGUACGUGGCUCUUACGUACGAUCAUCGGCUGAUCGACGGACGCGAGGCUGUCAUGUUCCUGAGGAAGAUCAAAGACGCCGUGGAGGAUCCUCUAGUUAUCUUGGCUGGUCUUUAAUAACUUGGGAUACGUUUCAUUUAUCUUGUGUUCAUUUAUCUCUCUACAUACUAAGUAUUUCGUACGAAUCCACUCCGCGUGCUGAUAACGGCGUUAUCUCGCGACGUCUCUGAUCGCCGUGUUCUGCGUCGUCAGGCCGCGGCUUUAUCCGCGACGAUGCGCGAGUGCUCUCUUAGGCCCAUUGUAAGAUACAUUGUAUAUACAUCGCUCAAUACUGUGUAUUAACGAGAAACCGCAUAUAAAGCACGCUGAGUAAACAUCGAA